AUGGUUUCGGGACGAGUCCUAGUCAUUGCUGGGUCUGACUGCUCCGGCGGAGCCGGCCUAGAGGCAGACCAGAAGGUCAUUGCGGCGCAUGGCUGCUAUUCCAUGACUGCCACGACUGCCCUGACGGCUCAAGACACCACAGGUGUACAUGAUAUUCACCACGUGCCGCAGGACUUCCUGGUGAAGCAAAUCGAUGCUUGUGUCAAUGACAUUGGUGUGGAUGUCGUCAAGACUGGCAUGCUGGCUUCUCCUGCCACGAUAGGCACUGUCGUUGAGGCUUUGAAGAGACACAACAUACCCAAAGUGGUCGUCGAUCCGGUAAUGAUCGCAACCAGCGGGGCUCAGCUCCUUCCCCGCGAAGCCGUUGCAGAGUUGCUCGAGGGCUUGCUGAAGCUGACCACCGUCCUAACGCCCAACAUCCCCGAGGCAAAGCUUCUCCUCGAAGACGCAGGGCGAAAAGCGAUUGAGGUCACCAGCGUCGAGGAUCUCGAGACGAUGGCCAAGGAAGUUCACGCGCUCGGCCCAGAAUGGGUUCUCGUCAAGGGCGGGCACUCACCGUUCAAGGCUGACCUCACCGUUGCCAACACCGAGGAAGAGAAGGGAGUUGUUGUUGAUGUGCUCUAUGGACAUGGAGAGUUUAUGCGGAUCCAGAGCCCCUAUCAGAGUUCGACAAACACGCAUGGGACUGGUUGUUCGCUCGCUUCCGCUAUUGCAUCGAACUUGGCGAAAGGUCUUGGUGUGCCUGAAGCUACAAAGUCAGCUUGCCGGUACAUUGAGGCUGCUAUCAAAACGGCGCCAGGAUACGGCAAGGGCCACGGUCCGCUGAACCAUUUCCACUCUAUACAAACUCUUCCGUUUGCUCCUGGGCGGUUCAUCGAAUAUAUGCUGGAGAGACCGGAUGUCAAGGAUGUUUGGCGGACAUUUGUCUACCACCCCUUUGUCAUGGCUAUGGGAGACGGAACGCUCCCGAUCGAGUCUUUCAAGAAGUACCUCAUUCAGGACUACCUCUACCUGGUUCAUUUCGCCAGAGCUAAUGCCCUGGCCUCCUACAAGGCAAAAAGCAUUGAAGACAUUUCGGCUGGGGCUAACAUUGUCAACCACAUUGCCCGCGAGAUGACUCUCCACAUCGAUUACUGCAAGGGCUUCGGCAUCACAGUUCCCGAGAUUGAGGCCACCGAAGAACACCAAGCUUGUACCGCGUACACUCGCUACGUGCUCGAUGUUGGCCAGAGCGAGGACUGGAUCGGCCUGCAGAUGGCGUUGGCUCCUUGUCUACUCGGAUACGGUGCCGUUGCUAAGCAGCUUCACGGCGAUGUCAAGACGAAACGCGACGAGAAUACGUACUGGAAGUGGAUCGAGAACUACGUUGCUGAUGAUUACGUCCAAGCUGUUAAGACCGGUUCAGAGUUGAUUGAGAGACACGCUGUUCUGCAGAGUCCUUCAAGCAUAGAGCGGCUGGUAAAUGUCUUUAUCCACGCAACCAAGAUGGAGAUUGGCUUCUGGGAGAUGUUCCCGUCUCGGUGA